AAAGGUUGUAGGGCAAGAGGGUGUCUCCCCAAAACUGCCGGACCCUCCUGCCUCUACAUGGACUAUAAUAGGAUGAAUUCCUUUUUAGAGUACCCACUUUGUAAUAGGGGACCCAGCGCCUACAGCGCCCCAACCUCCUUUGCCCCCAGCUCAGCUCCGGCCAUUGACAGCUACGCGGGGGAGAGUCGCUAUGGUGGAGGGCUGCCCAGCCCAGCGCUCCAACAAAACUCGGGGUAUCCUAUCCAGCAGCCGCCUUCCUCCCUGGGGGUGUCCUUUCCCAGCUCUGCUCCCUCGGGGUACGCCCCAGCCGCCUGCAACCCCAGCUAUGGGCCUUCUCAGUAUUAUUCUAUGGGUCAGUCGGAAGGAGAUGGAGGCUAUUUUCAUCCAUCGAGCUACGGAACCCAGCUCGGGGGUUUGCCCGACAGCUACGGAGCGGGUGGAGUCGGCCCCGGGCCAUAUCCUCCGCCGCAGCCCCCUUACGGAACUGAACAGACGGCAGACUUUGCACCAGCCUACGACCUCCUCUCUGAGGACAAGGAGUCAUCUUGCUCAACAGAAGCCAGCACCCUCACUCCGCGGACCUUCGACUGGAUGAAGGUCAAGAGAAACCCACCUAAGACAGCGAAGGUGUCUGAGAUGGGACUGGGCGCUGCCGGCGGCCUCCGCACAAACUUCACCACGCGCCAGCUGACCGAACUGGAGAAGGAAUUUCAUUUCAACAAAUACUUGAGCCGUGCGCGGAGGGUGGAGAUCGCCGCCACUCUGGAGCUCAACGAAACGCAGGUGAAGAUAUGGUUCCAGAACAGGCGCAUGAAGCAGAAGAAGCGAGAGCGGGAGGGAGGCAGGGUGCCGACAGCCCCUUCAGGCUGCCCCAAGGAUGGGGCUGGAGAUGCCUCCGACCAGUCCACGUGCACCUCCCCCGAAGCUUCGCCCAGCUCCAUCACCUCUUGAAUUGAACUAUCUGGCUUCCAGUGCUGGACCCAGUCCCCUCUUAGACUCUCCCAAACUUCACAGCCCUGAUGAUCCUCCUCAAGACCGAGGAGCCAGUUUAGAGCUGCCUAGGAAACUGGGUAGAAGUGGGGAAACAUUUUUUUCUCAGAUCUGGGGGUGGAGGGAUGACUGAUAGCUGGGGAUCCUACAGGUCUUGGGAUCUGGGGAGUACCCAACCAUCAAAGGUGGAGGGAAGGCCUUUUGCCUUUGAUCUAGAGAUUGGCUCUGUGAGGGGUAGGAGCCAGCCCGCCCUCCUGGAUUCUCCUUCCCCUUCCAACUGGAGUUCAGUGCCUUUGAGCUUGGAGAAUUCUCUUUGAGCACUCUUACCCUAACUCUCCCUUCUAGGCCUGGGAUGGAGAGAAGCCUAGGGAUUUUCCUGAAAAGGAUGGGUUUGAGCGCCGGAGCAUUACCAGCAAUCGUUAAUCUUAAUCUUUAAUCCAGCCAAAUCACCUGAGACCUU